GAAGCAGUUGUGAAACUGACUUUAAUUGUUUCACACAUACAUCUUUUUGAUAUAUAUACCAUCAUCUUACAAUACAUAAUGAAUUUUUGUGCUGCGGCAUUGUGUGUGAUAUUUAGUAUUUUGUUUGUCUUCUGUCAAUAUGGAUUCACUAAGUUAGCGCCUGACUACAUCAUACCAUGCAAUGACACAAGUAAAGAAUGUCUAGUUAAAAGUACUCAGUAUGCUAUCCCUGAAUUUGUUAAUGGCAUACCAAAUCUCAAUGUGCCAGUAUUGGACCCGUUUGUCAUCGAUAAACUAGCGAUACCACUAAAUGGCCUCAAAGUAACAUUCUAUAAAGGAAAGGUCAGUGGUUUCAGGAAAUGUAUCGUGGACAAUGUUAUAUCGGAACUCGAGAAGCGCCACUUUGUACUGCAAUUCCAUUGUAACCUAACUAUUAAAGGUCAAUACGAUGCCGUUGGACGAAUUUUGCUCUUCCCUAUCAAUGGAGAGGGAGACGCCAAAGUUAAAUUAACUAAUCUUAGAAUGACUGUGGAUAUCAAUACAAAAUAUACAAAGGACAAGGAGGGACGUAAUCACUUCGCCUUAAAAAAUUAUAAGUACACUUUCGACUACGGAGACCGAGUCACGUUCGAUCUCCAAAACCUCUUUAAGGGAAGCAAAGAACUGAGUGAUACUGUUUUACAAUUUCUUAAUGAAAAUUGGAAGCUCGUCGCCGAGGAAUUUGGAAAACCCAUAGUAGAUUAUGCAGUAGAUUUAGCUAUAAGGACCAUUGAAAAAUUUUUCAUUGCUGUACCAUAUGAAGAAUUAAUUAAUGUUCCUAUACCACUGUAAUUUUGUUACCAAGCAAAAAAUAUACUAAGUAUAAACCUGGGUUACAUUUAUUAAGUUAAUAGAAAUAUUAGUUUUUAUUAAUUGGUUACUGGAGACUUGUUAGUGUAUAUGUCGAAUUAAGUUUAAUGAUUUCAUUCAAUUCAAAAUCUAUUGGCAUAUUUGUUCAAGUAAAAAUUAGACUCCAAUAAAAAAUAUAGUUUUUUUUAUGGAAUUGUUAUACUGUUAAACAAUAACUAAGCAUUUAAUUAUUAAUCAUAUACCAUAAUGAGGAAUAACGGGUUUACUUACGGGUUAUGUCAUGUUAUUAUUUGUAAGUUUAUAUUUCAACAAUGCUACAAUUGCCAAGUUUCAAUUUAAUGUUUGUAGUUUAAGUUUUAACAA